AUAUACUCGGCAUCAUCCAUCAAAUCACCCAAAUCAGGAAUCGCCUAAGAUUUACUAAUGCUUUUCGUCUCUACCGAUUCGCGAGGAGCGACGAAGAUGCAAUCAGCUAGAUGGCGAAAGGAAGGAACAUAUUGCUCUUGUACAACCGCCUUACCCCGCCUUACACAUUGCCGAUGCAUGGAGUGACCCCAGAGUUGGGUAGCAUGACUACAGGAAUCGCAAGGUAGGUGUAGAAAACGCUUCGCCUCAAUUCUGAUGGCUUCUCACACACUUCCCGUCCUCACAUUGCUCUCUGGACCCUUCACCUUCAAGCUGCUCCUGUCGACAGCUAGGUAAAUAUGUUGGGUUCGAAAGUCUUGCUCCUUGCAGGCAGCAUCCUCGGUGUUGCUGCUCAGGCACCUCUACCCGUAGUAGAUCUUGGCUACGAAUUGCAUCAGGCAACAUUCAACGAAUCUGGGCAGUACUACAACUUCUCAAAUGUGCGUUAUGGCGCGCCACCAGUGGGACAACUGCGUUUCUCAGCGCCUGCUCCCCCAAGCACGAAUGACAGCAAGAUAUUCAACGAUGGCUCUACAGCUGUGACGUGCUUCCAGGCAAUACCAGCCUGGACAGCCUCCACGGCAGACUGGGUGGUCAACGCAACGCCACCAGCCGAUCCUACAGCCACGGAGGACUGCCUGUUUCUCGACGUGAUGGUCCCUCAAACCAUCUUCGAGGCGGCUGGUCAGGCUCCAGGGGUACCAGUCAUGGUAUGGAUUCACGGAGGAGGAUACACCCUCGGAUCCAAGACGCUCUACAGCCCAUCUGCCGCAGGCCUCAUCAAAGCAAGUCAGGCUCAAGGCGGCGAUGGCAUAGUCUGGGUAGGACUGAACUACCGCCUUGGAGCCUUCGGUUGGCUGUCCGGCCCAACAUUCCAAGCCUCCGGAACAGCGAACGCAGGUCUCUACGACCAACGUCUGGCUCUCGAGUGGGUGCAACAACACAUCGCCAAAUUUGGCGGCGACCCAAGCCAAGUCACAGUCAUAGGAGAAUCAGCUGGUGGUGGGAGCGUACUGCACCAAAUCACUGCCUUUGGCGGCUUAAAAGGCCCAGUACCCUUUCAGCAAGCCAUAGUCCAAAGUCCCGGCUUCCAAAUGACCCCCAGUGCCACACUGCAAGAAUCGAUCUACAACUCCUUCCUGACCAUCGCAGGAGUCGACAAUCUCGACGAGGCACGAAACCUGUCGACACAAGACCUUCAGCUCGCCAACUACAAGCUCGUAGGCAGCUCAUAUCCAUACGGCUCGUUCACGUCCAACCCAGUCGUCGAUGGAGCAUUCGCCCCAGCUUUGCCAGGCCAACUCCUUCUUCACGGACAAUUUGACCAUUCUCUCAGGAUCAUGGCAGGCCAUAACAUCCUAGAAGGUCUCGAGUUCAUGAACCCGUUCGCCCAGAACGAGACAUCCUUCGAAGACACCCUACGCUUAUACUUCCCUACGAUCACUGACGCCGAGGUCGAGUACAUCUCCUACACGCUAUACCCACCUGUAUUUGACGGUUCCGUGGGCUACACCACGCCCACAGGGCGAAGCGAGUUGAUGAUCACGGAGGCAUUCUUCACGUGCAAUACCAAUUUCCUGGCACGCGCGUACGACAACAAUGUAUUUAAUUACAUAUUCAGUGUUCCACCGAGUCUUCACGGCGACGACAUUGCGUACACAUAUUACAAUGGGCCGAGCGCGUCCGUCAAGAACGACACACUAGCGGUCAUCAUGCAGGAGUAUUUCACGAAUUUUGUCAUCACGAGCAAUCCGAACGGAGCAGGACUGCCGGCUUUCCCAACAUAUGGUGCAAGCGCCACGGUGUUGGAUCUGAAUCUGACGACCAUCGGGCCAAUACCGGACAAUGUUGCAAACGAGAGAUGUCUGUGGUGGCAGAAGGGAUUGUAUGCUUGAUGCUUCAGGGAUGAAAGGGAGGAGUGUGACCCUGUCUUGUCGUAUGAUACUCUGUAGCCAUAGUUGAAGCUGUAGCUACUUCAGCUCUCUAAGCAAAUCCAAGAAGACAAGGAAAGGCGUCCCUUAUCACGGUGUCUUCAAAAAUUCCAGCUCCAACAGCACAUGUGACGAUCUCUUCAUGAC